AUGGAGAGACGCGGCGGGGGCGGGGACGGGCGGCGCGAGGGCGCGGGCGGUGCUGGCGGCACGGCCGGCGGCUGGCGCCUGCCGCGCGCCGCCGCACGCGACACCGCGCCGCUUUACCAACCGCGCGCGGUCGCCACCACACCGCCGUUCAGACCAUCACCGCAACCAACGAGUAAAGUCCCGGCCGCGCGCGAAUCGCAGCGGAUGCCGUGCCACACGCGCGGACCGCGGCACGCGAUGGCGAUCAUAACAAACGCGACCAUCCGGGGACAGCUU